AUGGUGUCACGAAUGUCGAGCCUCGCCUUUGACGCGCUCACGCUUUGCUUUUUAUUUUUUGCAGUGCUCAGCAACGCAUCCGAUACCCCACCUGGUCACCCUCACGCCAGACGUGAUCAACUCGAACGUCGCACUUUCUUCACCGAGACACCCGACAACACCAACUUCGACGACCAUCAAGCCACCCCCUUUACGGAAUUCCGCGGCUGCACAGCCGACCAAAAGCGGGACAUCACCCAAAGCUGGUGGGACGUUGUCAAUCUAGUCAGAAUACCAGUUGCUACCAACUUCAACGAUCCACCGGGGGAGUUGGAAUCCCGCGUCUUUGGCUUUGAUGUGCACGAACGAGAGGGUGCCGGCGAUUUCAUUCACAUGAUCUACGCGAAUAUCAUGCAGCUUUACACCGAAAAGAUUUACGGAAAGAUUCGCAUGAGCUGCGUAGAUAUCCGCCAAGAACAUAGGACUAAACAGGUUACAUGUCAGGGUGCUGCUCACCUUGGCUCGACCGGUGGAUAUGCCUUCUCAUACAGUCAGAAGCUCGAAGAGAACACCAUCGUCAUGUGCCCAGUAUUUUUCGGACCAGGACAGGAACUGCUAGAGCCCCUGCUCGCGGAGGUGCGGAGCCGCACCGWAUAUCAAAGAGACCCGCAUCAGAUGAAUGGCAAGACUAGAACUCUACUUCAUGAGAUGACGCAUUUGGCUUCGAUUUCAGAGACGUCGGGAGCGGUCGUGCAUGACCAACCACUACGUUUAGAAUCCACUCAACCCGAUCCAGUGUACGGACCGCGAAUGGUACAAAUAAUGGGGGCGCAUAAAAUUAAAAAUGUGCGAGAUCGGACACAAUUGAAUGCGGAUUCCUACGCCGAAUAUGCUACAUGGAAGUAUUUCGAGGCGCUGUUCGGAACGCCCCAUGCCGUCGAUGUGCCCAGGGAGGAGCAAGAAGCAUACGAAGCYGACGAAGAAUCUCCUCCAGCUGAAACUGAUACACUUGUGUGCGCUCCAACCGACACCAAUGGUCCGGUUCUGAGCCGCGCCAACGCCAAAGCUGAUAUUGAUGCAUGGUGUGACUCGUUGAACCUCGAUUAUAUCAGCCAGGAUGAUACGCGCAAAGAGCAGGUCAAGCCAUUCGGGAGUGCCACUCCUGGGACGAGCCUUACCGAUCUCGUCUACAGCGCCAACUGGGUUCCUGACGUGCAAGGCGAGGGCUGCCCGGAGAGGACUCGAGGCACGGAGCCGAAGCACUGCAAAAAGGCCAUGUAUGAGGUGCUGGAUUCUUGUGUUGGUAAGGAUGGGAUGGAUGAUGGGUCGCCGAGGUAUAGUGGAAGUCAGCAGGGAGAUGAGCAGUGUAUAAUUUGGAAGAUUGAGAUUGUUGACAAGGGAGUUCAGAACAGGAAGAGAGGUCAAGGACCUCUUGUGGGUUAG